AUGGCAAACUGCUCCAACCUGGAGUAUACAUCCAUAGAUCACAGUAAAUGGAGGAACCUUCCUCCUCCUCCAGGAUUUUCAAGCUUUGCUCCAAGCUCCAGAGCACCAGCCAAGGCUCCAACAGUAGCAACGUCAUCGUCGUAUGCAUCGCUGAAAGACAAACGUGCUUGGGAUCUCGCUAUCUCGCCAGCCAAGUCUCUUCCUAUGCAGGCAUUCAUGUUGUACAUGUCUGGGGGAGGCGUACAAAUCUUCAGCAUGGGUAUCGUGUUCAUGCUUCUUCUGUCGCCUUUUAAAAAUAUCGCUGGUAUGAAUGCAGCAUUCACACCAUUUGCGCCUACACCUGCAAGCGUCAAGUCACUCAAGGUCCUUCCUCUCCAGAAGAUAGCAUACAUCGCGUGCAACCUCUUGACACUUGCAGUUGGCCUCUGGAAGUGUCGUUCUAUGGGUCUUAUACCAACUGGAACAGGAGAUUGGCUGGCAUUCGAGAGUCGAGCGAUGGCACCUGAACUGUCGCUACUAUAA